AUGUCUCUGUUCCAUGUUCACGAUUGGCUUACAGUGCAACUAGACGAUAAUGCCAUUGUUUGCGCAAUCGGAAAACUUAUUGAGGAUCGAGAUCAAAUAAUAGUGGGAAGUAUAGCCGGUCGAUUAUGGGUGAUCGAUCCAGGACGAGUGAGUGAUACAAAGCAGCAACAACAACAGCAGCAGCUGAGUUGUCUACUCGAAGAACAGUUACCUUAUGCAGUUAUUGAUAUUGCCGUAGCAAAUUUCAUCACAAGUUUGGAACAAAAUCUGAUAGCGAUUUUAUCACCGCAAAAACUGGUCAUUUCUCGACUCGUGUCCGCUUACAACAUGUGUAUUGGUUCAUUUGGGCGCGCCAGUGGAACCCAGAUUUGUGUGCAAAAUCUGAAGUGUUCGUUUCUGGUUGUGGAGGGCGAGCAUCAAUUGUUCCAUCGUUCGGUCACCACAACAGAUGCACUACAUCCAGGCCCGAUCGUCUAUGCCCAACACUCGGAUUCCAUCGUUGCCGCAUCAUCGAGCUGCGUCCUGGCUUCCUAUAAAUACUCCACCUUGGCAACAGCAUCUAGCGGAAGUUAUGGCAAAAAAAUCUCCGUAUGUUCUUUUUCCAACUUUUAUUGGGCAGCGUUUUUAAUUUGUACCUAA